AAACAACGGCGGAGCAGCAGGUCUCAUAACAGUGUAGUCAACGUUAUUUCCCAGGGUGCUUUAACUCACGUCUGAGUUCAUCACUGCGGCUGAAUGUGAUUGGACGGGAUGUUAACGAGCCACCGAGGCGCCAAACAGCGGCUCAGUCAGGUGUCCAGAGUGAUUUUUUCUUCUUCUGUGGUGUCCAGACUGAGCCUGAAGGUGUUUACCGUCAGGAUCGUCUUUGAAAAGCUUCAGUGACGCCGAGAAGAAGAAGUGAUUCAUCCGUCACAUCUGCGCAUCUGCUCCUGCAGUCCGGCCUGCAGAGGUCAAAGGUCGGCAGGUUGUCAGAUCCUCAAGAUAAAAACCAAACAAUCUGACCAGACCGCGUCCUCCCCACCUCCACGGCCCGACAGCUCUGUGACCAGCAGAUGGCGCUGUGGCUCCAAGGCAGCAGGUGCUCCCACAGUCUACAGUCAUGCAGGUGCAGUGAGCUGGAGACCUCAGUGUGGAUCUGAGAGCAGGUGUGACCGCUGACAGACUGACUACCUGUCCAGGCUGCACUCCACCACUCGCCUCGUGUGCUUGAAUAGGCUUCAGUCCCCCCUGUGACCAGAGAGUUUUGAAAAUGGAUGGAUGAAUAAUCGUGGCUUCCAGUCUGGUAUCUGCUGUUCCAGAUUUAAAGAGCAGCACAGAUGCAUCGUCUGUGUUUGAAGCAGCAGAGGAGCCUGAAGGGAGAAACAGGACUGAUGUUAGAAGCUACGCUGCUACAUCAGAGUGAAAACACCAAACUGCACAUAAACAUACGUCAUUAACAGGCACAUUCUCUCUCUCCACAUCCAUCCGCGCCCUGGAGGACGAGCCGCGCUCCUCUCAGCACCCCGCCCGUCACCGCGCUGUGUGUGCGUGUGUAGUGCGUGUUUGUGUGUGAUGAGAGACCGCAGGGAGGAGGGGGGGAGUGUACUGUGUGUGUGUGUGUGUGUGUGAGAGAGAGAGAGAGAGAGAGAGAGAGAGAGAGAGAGAGAGAGGAGGACGGAGCAGCAGCGAGGACACUUUCACUCCAACAUCAGCUACUAUGCGCAUCGGGCUGUCAGCAGAACACAAGGGCAGCUGAACCUCCAUCAUCACCCCAUGAGUUUGGCUUGGUCUGCCGGUGAGUAGGAGCUCUAUGUGGAUCAAGAGUUAAAGAAGGAGCACCUGAGACUCGUGGUGAGCUUGUCACACCACCUCAGCUCUACCCAGCGUCCCCCUCCCACCUCCCUCUUCCUCAGCCUGGUCCCGUCAUCCUCUUCCUCAUCCUCACCUCCUGCUUCUCGUGGGAACCGCCUGCCGCCAUGCCUCUCUUGGCUUCCCCCGCUCCUUUCCUCCUCGUCCUCCUCCUCUUCCUCCUCCCGCUGCCUCCCUGCCAGCCGGAGUCACAGCGUGGCGACCCCAGCGGCGCCCCCUACCUCCCAUCGGUGUCGCCCUCCAUGUUCCCCUCCUCCUUCGCGCCCUCCACGACCUCUAGUAGCAGAAACGUGACUGGAAAGUGUGACAACGUUCCGGUGUGUCAGCCCGGCAUCCUGCUGCCCGUCUGGAAGCCCCUCAGGCCCGGACUCGGAGACCAGGUGGCCCGAGCUGUGGUCUACUUUGUGUCGCUCAUGUACAUGUUCCUGGGAGUGUCCAUCAUCGCUGAUCGCUUCAUGGCGUCCAUAGAGGUCAUCACGUCACAGGAGAAGGAGGUCACCAUCACGAUGCCCAACGGGGAAACGUCAGUGGCGACGGUUCGGAUCUGGAACGAGACAGUUUCCAAUCUGACGCUCAUGGCUCUCGGCUCCAGCGCUCCGGAGAUACUCCUGUCUGUUAUAGAGGUGUGUGGUCACGGCUUCCACGCAGGUGAUUUGGGCCCGGGCACCAUCGUCGGCAGCGCCGCCUUCAACAUGUUUGUGAUCAUCGGGAUCUGCGUGUGGACGAUUCCCACCGGAGAGAGUCGCAAGAUCAAACACCUGCGGGUGUUCUUCAUCACCGCCUUCUGGAGCAUCUUCGCCUACAUCUGGCUCUACCUCAUCCUGUCGGUCAUGUCGCCGGGCGUCGUGGAGGUGUGGGAGGCCCUGGUCACGCUGCUCUACUUCCCGGUGUGCGUCAUCCUGGCGUGGAUCGCCGACCGCCGCCUGCUCUUCUACAAGUACAUGGGCAAGCGUUACCGCGCCGACAAGCGCCACGGCAUUGUCGUGGAGACCGAGGGAGACUUGACCCCCAGCAAGGGCGGCAUGGAGAUGAUCAUCGACGGCAAGUUCCCGCCCAGAGGGGGCGCCGUGGUCCCCGCCGAGAAUUGUGGGGGAACGCAGGACGGCCCGGCGGGCGCCGCGUCCAAUAACAUCGGGGGCAACCUGCCAAACUCCAACAGCACGACGGUGAACGUGGAGAGCAGCAAGGAGCUGGACGAGAGCCGCAAAGAGGUGAUUCGAAUCCUGAAGGAGCUGAAGCAGAAAUAUCCCGACAAAGAGCUCGACCAGCUGGUGGAGCUGGCCAACUACUACGCCCUGCUGCACCAACAGAAGAGCAGAGCCUUCUACCGCAUACAGGCGACUCGUAUGAUGAUCGGGGCCGGUAACGUCUUGAAGAAGCACGCGGCCGACCACGCUCGCCGCACGGCCGUGACCGACGAGGAAGUCCCCGAGGAGGUCGACAACGGCAUCUGCAGCCGCAUCUCGUUCGAGAGCGCCCACAGUCAGUGCAUGGAGAACUGCGGCAUCCUGACCCUGACUGUCGUCUGCCAAGGCGGUCUGGGCGAGAACACCUUCUACGUGGACUACAGGACAGAGGACGGGUCGGCCAACGCUGGGUCUGAUUACGAGUACAGCGAGGGAACGCUGGUGUUCAAACCCGGAGAGACCCACAAAGAGAUCAAGGUCGGUAUCAUCGACGACGACAUCUUCGAGGAGGACGAGCAUUUCUUCGUGCGGCUGCUGAACCUGCGUGUCGGAGACGCCGAGGGGAUGUUCGAGAGCGACGAGGCGGGCGCCGCCCCCAAAGCUCGCCUGGUCGAGCCCCUGGUCGCCACGGUGACCAUCCUGGACGAUGACCACGCCGGAAUCUUCACGUUCAGCGAGCGCAUGGUGCGGGUGAGCGAGAGCGUGGGCACCAUGGAGGUGACGGUGGUGCGUAACUCCGGCGCCCGCGGCACCGUCAUCCUGCCGUACCACACCGAGUCCGGCACCGCCAAGGCCGGAGACGACUACGAGGACGCCAGAGGAGAGCUGGAGUUCACCAACGAUCAGACAACUCAGACGUUCCAGGUGAGGAUAAUCGAUGAUGAGGAAUAUGAAAAGCAUGAGAACUUCUACAUCGUGCUGGAGGAGCCUCGCUGGCUGAAGAGAGGGAUCUCAGCUCUGCUGCUCAGCCAAGAGGGUGCGGAGGGGCAGAUGAGCUCUGAGGAGGAGGAGGCUCGCAGGAUAGCUGAGAUGGGGAAGCCCAUUCUGGGAGAGCACAGCCGGCUGGAGGUCGUCAUCGAGGAGUCGUAUGAGUUCAAGAGCACCGUCGACAAGCUCAUUAAGAAGACCAACCUGGCGCUGGUGAUCGGGACGCACUCCUGGAGGGAACAGUUUGUGGAGGCGGUCACUGUCAGCGCAGGUGACGGCGAUGAUGACGAGGAGGGUCGCGAGGAGCGCCUUCCAUCCUGUUACGACUACGUCAUGCAUUUCCUCACCGUGUUCUGGAAGGUUCUGUUCGCCUGCGUCCCGCCCACAGAGUACUGGAACGGCUGGGCCUGUUUCCUGGUCUCCAUCAGCGUCAUCGGCCUCCUCACCGCCGUCAUCGGAGAUCUGGCGUCACACUUCGGCUGCACCGUGAGGCUGCGGGACACCGUGACCGCCGUGGUGUUCGUGGCUCUGGGAACUUCUAUUCCAGACACUUUUGCCAGUAAAGUCGCCGCCAUGCAGGACCAGCAUGCCGAUGCGUCCGUUGGUAACGUGACCGGCAGCAACGCCGUGAACGUGUUCCUGGGGAUCGGCGUGGCGUGGUCGGUGGCCGCCAUCUACUGGAGAAUUAAAGGACAGGAGUUCAAGGUGGACCCGGGCUCGCUGGCCUUCUCCGUCACACUCUUCACCAUCUUCGCUUUCAUCUGCAUGGCCGUGCUGCUGUUCAGACGCCGGCCCUCCAUCGGCGGAGAGCUCGGCGGCCCGAGGGUCCCCCGCAUCCUCACCACCCUGCUGUUCCUGGGCCUGUGGUUCCUCUACAUCCUCUUCUCCAGCCUGGAGGCCUACUGCCACAUCACCGGCUUUUAAAACAGGAGUUGACGAAAGCUGUGGAAGAAUACUGCGCAGCAACACACACAUGUACUUUAACAUUCGACCCACAGUUUGACACGAAACAAGAUUCAUCUUUUCAAGCGUCCGCUGCAGCCUGGAGGUGUCCUGGUCUUCGAUGCAGCGAUGUUAACAAUACUUCAGAUACAUGUUAACACACACACACACAUACACACACAGUUUAUAUGUACGCAUGUGGAAACAGACCAUAAACACACACAGUCACAGGCAUGAUGAAGGGCAAGAGGAAGUGUUUGUGAGGGGCGAGAAAACGUGAACACGAAAGGUUUAUUUCAGCAGAGUUAGCGGAGAGAAGACGGAGAGAGGAAGAAAGUGAUCGAGAAGUUGUUAUCUCAUUUGGAAAGAGGGUCAGGUGCACCGCUGGAGUUGAUUGAAAGUCGGGUGGGUUGGGAUUUGAUUGGAGGAGCUGUCCUGUGACAUCAGAUCCACUGACGGAGAGGAGGAUGCAACAGAAACCUGUGCACGCCGGACAAAACGAUCCCAGGAACAUCUUUGUUUGUCCCUGCCACCUUCUCCUCCGGCACAGCUUCAUGUUCCUUCACAACGAGGUGGAGCGCUGCGUGAAAAAAAAAAAAAAAGAGUGGAAUGUU